UCGGCCCAGUCGAGAAGAGCUGCGGGACGGUUCGCGUGUGGGCUGGGACGCGCUGUUCGCCGUCUCCACCGCCGACGCCGCUGCAACCCUGCGCGACCACAGGGCGAGACGGCCAUGGUGGCGAUGGAGCUGGAGAUCCUCGGCAUGAACUUCGGGUGCGUCCUCGCGGCGCUGGCGGACGCCAAGAUCCCGGACAAGGGCUGCGUCCUCCCGCUCGCGUCCAAGCUCCUCGGCUACGGCAUCGUCGCCGCAUCCACCACCGUCAAGCUCCCCCAGAUACUAAAAAUUUUGAAGCAUGGAAGUGUUAGGGGACUUAGUGUAGCAUCCUUUGAGCUUGAGGUCGUUGGCUAUACAAUUGCUUUGGCAUAUUGUAUUCAUAAAGGACUUGCCUUUUCAGCUUAUGGGGAGCUAGCUUUUCUGUUGAUUCAAGCAAUUAUCUUGGUAGCAAUCAUUUACUACUACUCCCCACCAAUGGGAACCAAAACAUGGAUGAAAGCUUUAUUAUAUUGCGGAUUAGCUCCAAUGGUUUUGGCUGGAAAAAUUGAUCCUGCUCUCUUUGAAGUCCUUUAUGCCUUACAGCACGCUAUCUUCUUUUUUGCUAGAGUUCCACAGAUAUGGAAGAAUUUUACAAAUAAGGGCACUGGCGAGCUGAGCUUCCUAACCUGUUUCAUGAACUUUGCUGGUUCUAUUGUAAGAGUUUUCACCAGCAUCCAGGAGAAAACUCCCUUAAGUGUGAUAAUGGGCUCCGCAAUUGGCAUCAUGAUGAAUGGUACACUCUUGGGUCAGAUUGUAUUGUACCAAAAACCUGCUCCGAAGAAACAGAAGAAAAAAGACUAAGCGACACAAGCGAUGGCAGAAAGUUCUUCCUGGUGGUUUAGGAUUUUGUUCGAGGUCUCUUGGUCUAAGCAAAAUGCACCAGUAUAUGAACUUGGCAACAUGUUAUAUGAGGAAAACGUAGACAAGACAACCUUGCUAUGGAUAUUUAUGUGUUGUUGCUUUUAGCACAUAGCAGUACCAUGACUAAUCUAGUUACUUACAAUUGCAUUGGUUUGUAACUGUUUAAGUGGUUGAUCAUGGAUAGAUUUGUUUGGUAUGUAUGAGUUUAUCCUUUUAUUAUGCAUGUCGAUAUACUGAAUAAGAGGGUUUUCUGUCA